GCAUCCUGGAUACGCCGCUCUUUGAGACGACGGUCAUCAGCGACGACGAGGACUCUGGGAAGGCCGCAGCUCGCGAGCCCGCUGAGACUGCAGAUCCGGAGCCUGCGGUGGUACCCGCGGAAGUUGUGGAUCUUGAUGGGGAGUCCGCAGCCGCUGAGACUGCAGCUCCGGAGCUUGCAGUGCCCACGGAAGUCGUGGAUCUUGGAGACAAGCCGGCGAGAUCGAAGCUUCUGCUGCAGACCAGCCGGGCCUUGUCGAGAUCGAAGUUUCUGCAGACCAGCCGGACAGCCUUGAGAGCUUCGUCGAGAUCGCAGCUGGUGCAGACCUGCCGU